CCUUCACCAACUUCACAUAUUCCUUGCUUCCAUUACUGAGUCAACUAACGACCCUUUCAACUCCACUACAUUUCUCAUUCUUCCCACUCCAUCACAAUCAAAAACCUAUGAUGACCCUGCAACUCUUCAAUCUUCAUCAAAUUCAACCAUGCUCCUCUACCUUUUCCCUCUUCUCCUCACCCUCUCUCUCAUCCCCUUUUCCCUCUCCCAACCACCCAGGGCUCUACUCAUCGACUGCGGCGCCACCGUCGCUUCUGUGAUCGACAAUCGACAAUGGGUUCCAGACACCGCUUAUAUUUCCACCGGCACCUCCAAACCCCUCACGCAAACGAACCUCUCUCAUACUCUCUCCACCCUUCGAUCGUUUCCCCUCCUUGAUAACAACUCACGCCGCAGAAAAUUUUGCUACGUCGUGCCGGUUUACCGCACCGCCAAGUAUCUUGUUCGGACGACGUAUUACUAUGGCGGAGUGAACAAUCAAGCUUCGCCUCCGGUGUUUGAUCAGAUUGUUGAUGGAACCUUCUGGAGUGUGGUGAAUACGACUGAAGAUUACGCCAAUCGAUCAGCGUCGUAUUACGAAGGGGUAUUCCGUGCAGGCGGGAAGUCAAUGAGCCUCUGCCUCGCUUCCAAUACGUAUACUGAGUCUGAUCCCUUUAUAUCCGCUUUGGAAUUCGUAUUAUUGGCUGAUUCCUUGUAUAAUUCGACGGAUUUUGGGAAUUUUAGUCUUAGAUUGGUUGCGAGGCAUAGCUUUGGAUACAAUGGACCCAUAAUAAGAUACCCGGAUGAUCAAUUUGAUCGUUAUUGGGAGCCAUAUGGUGUAAACAAUCCAACAUCUUCAAGGGGAGAAAACGUAUCCAUUACUGGUUUCUGGAACCUCCCUCCACGGAAAGUGUUUGAGACACAGUUCACAGUCGGCCAACCACAACCCUUGGAGCUUCAAUGGCCUCUUUCACCUCUCCAGCUCUCGACCUACUACAUCGCUCUCUACUUUGCAGAUGACACCGGGACUUCUAGGGUUUUCAACAUCACCAUUAACGGUAUUACAUAUUAUAGUGAUCUAAAGGUUCCUCAGACAGGCGUUGCUUUGUUUGCUAACCGAUGGCAGCUUUCUGGUCCUACAAAGAUCAUACUAACUCCUGCUCCUGGUUCUACUCUUGCCCCUUUGAUUAACGGUGGAGAAAUCUUUGAAGUGCUACCAUUUGGUGGAAGAACUCAAACGAGAGAUGUGAUUGGAUUGAAGAGUUUGAAGGACGGAUUUCAAAAUCCUCCAUUUGAUUGGAAUGGCGAUCCCUGUUUACCCCGGGAGAACGCAUGGACUGGAAUUACAUGCUCUAAUGGAUCUAAUGUUCGUGUGACUGGAAUAAACCUUACAAGCAUCAACCUUUCCGGAUCUCUCUCUCCCAACAUUGUAAACUUGACUGCGUUAAAUGACUUAUGGCUUGGAAACAAUAGCCUGUCGGGAUCUAUUCCUGAUUUUAGUACCUUGAAGAUGUUAAAAACCAUACAUUUGGAGGACAAUCAUCUCAAUGGACCGAUCCCCUCGUCUUUGGAAAAUAUUGACAGGCUGCGUGAACUGUUCUUGGAAAAUAAUAAUUUCAGUGGUCAAGUUCCACGCGGACUCACAACGAAACCCGGUUUGAACUUCAGGUUUUUACCUGGUAAUCAACUUUUGGUCCCACCAAUUGCUUGAAAAAUAUGUACUUGGAAGAAAUGUACAAGAUUCUUUUUUCUUUACCCAAGCACAAGCUGUGUUAAUAAGUUAUGAAGCUUGUUAAUCGAUUUUUUUGGAUUAUUUAA